AUGAGCGCUUUCAUCUUCCUCCCCUUCGUGUUCUUGGCCUUGUUCUCAGUGUCUUCAGCCCAGAUGUUGAAAACCAGUGUUUUUAAACCAGAAGAGGGUCCAGAACCUGCAUUUAUUCUAGAGAGAAAAAAUGAAGCUAACCAUCAAGGAGAACAAAGUGAAUUUAAUAAGCAAGGAGGUGGCAACACACAAGGAAAACAAGCAAUAUUUGGUCUGCAAGGACGACCAGGGCUUUCUAGCCAGCCAGGGAAACCAGGGGAUUUUAAUCAUCAAGGAAGGCCAGGAGUUUUCAAUCGGCCUGGAAGUCUGCAAGGGAAUUCAGGAGACUCUAAUCCAAAAGGGAAUGCAGAAGCUUCUGGCGAACAAGGAAAACCAGGACCUUCAAGCCAGCAAGGGAGUUCUGGGUUAUCUAGCCAGCAAGGAGGUUCAGAAUCAUCUAGCCAGCAAAGGAAGCCAGGGUCAUUCAGCCAGCAAGGGGGUCCAGGGUCAUCUAGCCAGCAAGGAAGACCAGGAUUAUCUAGCCAACAAGGGAAACCACGGCCUUUUUACAAUCAAGAAGAAAGAAAAAAUGUGGGCAACCCUUUGAAUGCCAAUAUAAUGGAGAUUCAGGCUGGCAGUAUCAGCAGCAAAAACCCAAAUGGAAAUACAAAAUGCCAAUCGAUCUACAAACCGGUCUGUGGUUCUGAUGGAAAAACCUAUGGGAACCUCUGUGUGUUUAAUGAAGCCAAAAGGCUAGAGUCCAAACCUGGCUACGCCAUUAUACCUCUGGGACUUUUUCAAAGAUACAAUUACCCAGGCUUUUGGUACAAACAGUUGAUUCACACUCUUGGCAGUGCAACCAGUGAUAACAGGUCUCCAACUGAUAUCAAUUCCCGGCUGGGAAUUUGUACUAUAGUUUUACAAGAUGCUUCUACUGGGAGACACCAGUUAGAGAAUGCAGGAAAACUCUCUUGA